CAGAUUCCAUGUCUGCUCUUUAAUGAUACUUACUCAUCUGCAAUAUGGUCUGAAAAAAGUGGCAUAAAAUUUCAUCAACUACAAGAAAGCGUUCGAAUCUGUACCAUUUUAAGUAGUCAACUUGAUUUGAAUCCGUUGCCGACACUAGAACUCAGCCUGAUCUAAGUUUAGAGAUACUAGUCCGUGACCGAAGUGUUCUGUUGACAACCCCCCUCCAUUCCCAACGAGUAAGCUCUAGCCCCAGGGGAAAAAGUGAAAUGGCGGCCACUUUCCCCUCCCAGAUGUAACACGAACCCAGAGACCAUCGGAGUUUUGUUGACCUGUGCUGGCAAAAGACUGUUUGCAGGAUGGAUCUUGGCGGUAUUACACCAGUUGAAGCUAUCGGUGCCAUGCCGGUGAGCACGGGAACGUCCGAGGACGAAAUUGAAGAGGAAACUUCUAACGUGCCAACAACGGAAGCAGAACGCUUGCAGAGAGCCAAAGAAUUCUUACUGCUACUCGGAGACACAGAAACAGAACUGGAAAUUAUCAAGGAAGAGGACUUCUGGCGCGACAGUGACUCAACAAUGUCGUCUGAGUCAGGUGUGAUGUCAGACUCCGAAGAUGGUGCCAACAUUGGCAACCAAAACGUCUUUAGAAAACCUCCUCAAAGAGGAAGCGACGAUCCGGUAGACACGGACAGCAGUGACGAAGUGGAGCCCCUCAACAGUCAAAAGAAACCAUCUAGAUCGAAGAAGAAGAAACGACCUCCAGUAAGCGUGAAUAAUGAAGACAAUAAAGGAGAGAGUAGUGAUGAAGUGGAGCCUCUUUAUCCUGAUGAAGGAGUGCCAUUGUCACCAAGUCCGAAACCCAAGAGGAAGAAACCAACAGUGGAAAAAGCGCAAGAUCCCAAGCCGACAGACGACAUCCCAACAGACCCAACAUCGUUUUACGAAAAACUCAGCGCGCUGCCACAGAAUGAGGCACCAGGCACUGCAGAGGGAGUGAGUAGCCCCGAAGACAAUAGAUCACAGGCAGAGAGUGGUAUAGGACAUGAACCUGGCUCGAACGGAGAGAGACCGGUGAGCCCGUUCCCAGAUGACGAAGAAGUUGAACCUGAAGAUGAUUAUGUUCCUCCUGAAGACAAAUCAACAACAAUAGCACCACCGAGGUCUACGAAAAGAAGUGUAGCCACAACACCUAAGCCAGUGCAAAGGGAUGAUACAUCACCACCAACAAAGACAACGCCAAGCCAACCCUCCAAUGGAUCGAAAAGAAUAAAAGAACCCAACAAAAAGAGCGACACAACACCCAAAGGUGACUCGACAUCAGUACCAGAGGAUGAUGGCUUCUUUGGUAAUUUAUUGAAGAAGAAGAAAGGUCGGAAUGUUCCAGACAAACAGGAACCAUCAAGUACUGAGCCUUCAACUAAAGAUGAGACAGACAACGAUGAGAAACCAGGUCUGCUUGAUAACUUGUUAAACAAACUAAAACCAAAGGCAACCGGUCCGGAAGAUAACGUAAACAAAGAUGAUAGUAAGAGGAAACAUCCUGUCGACGACGAGUCUCCAAGAGAUCAAAGAAAGCCAGAAACCAACACUAACUAUCCUAAGACUGAAGAAGACGAGAAUGACAAACCGGGACUGUUUGACAACUUAUUAAAGAAAAUGAAACCCAAGGCAAAGGAUUCAGAAGAUACCCCGAGCAAAGACGGCAGUGACGGGUCACAACCAACAGCAAAUCAAACAAAGCCAGAAACCACCGCUAAGGAUCCUAAAACUGAAGAAGAUGAGGAUGACAAACCAGGAUUGUUUGACAACUUGUUAAAGAAGAUAAAACCAAAGCCAAAAGACUCGGAAGAUACCCCGAGCAACGAAUACAGCGACGGUAGACAGUCUGUCGAAAAAGAUUCACGUGCAAAUCAAAAGAAGCCAGUGAGCACUUCCAGGCAUCCUGAUUCUGGUGGUUCACCCGAACCUACAACUGACAAGGAUGACAAACUAGGUCUGCUGGACAACUUGUUAAGCAAACUAAAACCGAAAGAUAGAGAAGAUGACCCAAGCAAACGGGGCAGUAAGCCAACAGAAAACGAAAACAAUACCGAUCCAGACAAGACAGAUUCCUCAGAUAGACAACCCGAUAAGCCAGAAGACGCAGCGAAGAAGAAGCCAUCUGAAGGUGUCCUUGAUCGCCUGUUAAAGACGCUACAUCUAGACGAAGAGACAAUUCCGCCUCCGCCUGAGGAUCAGUCUACUGACAAAUCUACAGAUGAACCGUCACAAGGACAAAAGCCGAAGACUGCCCUGCCAGGUGACGACGCAAAAACAGACGAACCAGCUCCAAUACCACCGCCGAGGACAAAGAGUCUGCGCAAACGACCAACAACCCUCCCGGUAGGCACACCAACAGAGAAAGAUAACAAACAAAAGGAUGCAGCAGAAAAGAGGCCAAGCAAGAAACCGGAAGAGAAAAAUACCAGCAGCAAACCGAAUGGCUCAUCUAAACCAGCAAAGGGCAAUAAAGCACCCCUUAACCCAAUGCUCGUGUUUGGAAUAGUCCCAAUGGAGUUUGAGGAUGUACCGUUGACACCACCAUGCCCAAGGAAGAAACAAAAGCCUGCGAAACCCACAAAAACGCCAAAAGAACAAAAAGACGGUGAACAGAAGACGCCAGAUGAUAAGACCAAUGGUAGUGUGUUGGGCCCACAAGAAGAAGAAUCGGAUACGUUGGGUUCGUUCCUAGACUACGUUUUCGGUCGUCCAAAAGAUAGGAAAACGCCAGUGGCGAGGCCUAAAAUUGUACCCAAACCCGAAGAUGCAACCAAGCCCAAAGACAAAAGUCCUAGUGACACCAUUCCAACCAAAAAGGAAGAACCUUCACCUGCAGUCAAGUCUUUGCAGGGGCUCCUGGAGCGAAGCUCAGAAGUUGACAACAAGGCCACAGAAACACCCAAAGAUGAGCCUGCAAAAUCAAAACCUGCCAAGGAGUCCCAACAGCCAAAAGAUGAGCCACAGGUGCCUAAAGAGACAGAAAAGCCCAAGGAUGAGCCUAAGCCGUCUAAGGAGACAGAGAAGCCUAAGGAAGAGACAAAACCGUCUAAGGAGGCAGAGAAGUCUAAGGAAGAGCCAAAACCUACCAAGGUGACCGAGCAACCUAAGGAUGAUCCAGCAACAACGAAGCCUGUCAAAGAGACAGAGCGACCAAAAAAUGAGCCUACAACGAGCAAGCCUGAUGCUCCUGACCAGAAGGCAGCAGAAACCCGCCCUAUCAUAGAAAAGCCAUCUGAAGACAAGGCAGCUCCACCUUCUCCAAGACCCAAGUCAACUAAAGAGAAGAAAACUCCAAAGACACCAUCACCAAAGGUAAGAAAAUCUUCCAAGAAUAAAGAGCCCACAGAAGAACCUACAAAGAAGAAGACCAAGGAGAAAAAGCCAGCAAAGGAUAAGACAAAAUCACGUAAGAAGUCUGAAGAGAAGCCUGUGAAUGCUGAUCCACCGAAGGCGCAAGAACCACCCGCAACGCUCCAAAACGUCGAGCCUGUAAAGGCUGCGCCACCAGCACCACAGAUUCCGCAAAAGAUAGAGGACGAACCUGUCUUUGCUGCGCCUCCACAAGCAAAGGAGAAUCUCCCCACUAGUCCUCGGUCUAGGAAACCAAGCAAAACACUUCUUUCCAAACUGAAGAAACUCAAAGACGGCCUUACGCACGACAUAUCAUCGGACAAUGAAGUAGAAUCACCGGAAACCAAGAGGAAGGAAUUGCCGAAGGUACCAGACACACCGCAAAAAAGGGAAGAGGAGGAACCAGAAAAGGUAGAGCCACCACCAAGGCGGAAAAGAGACGACAAAUCCAUGUCACCACCGCCACAAAAGAGACAGGAAAAGACACCAGAUACAACCCCUGAAAAACCCGUGGAGAUACCAACAGAGAUGCCAACGCCCCCUCCGCGGCACAAGAAAGAUGUUCCCGAGACAAAAGACAACGAGGAGCCUGUCAAAGCUGAAUCACCACCACCAGAGAAGGAAGAGGAGAAAGAACCAGUCCCAAUACAGGAGCAAGUUGAACAGGAACCUGUGAAGGCCGCACCACCACAACCACAAGAGGAAGAGAAACCCUCGAAACCAGAGAAGAAAGAGGAUGUAACUCCAGUGGCGGUUGAAGCAGCUGCCCCACAACAAGAAGAACCUGUGAAGGCCGCACCACCGGUACCACAACCGCAAGAGGAUGCUGAAGCCCCGAAACAAGAGGAGAAGGAGGAUGUGACCCCAGUGACAGUGGAACCAGCUGCACCACAACCAGAAGAGGUAAAGAAGGCGCCAGAACAAGUCGAACCAGAGCCUGUGACGUCUAUGCCGCCACAGCCGCAAGAGAAAAUAGAACCAGUAAUACCGGAGGAAAAGGAGGAACCCUCUAUUCCGGAUAAGGAAGAGGACAUCAAGCCUGAGACGAUUGAAGAACCUGUGCCACAGAAGGAGGCGACUGUGGAGGAAGAGAAGGAACCAGAUACUACAGAGCCAGUGACUGAAGAGAGACCUGUAGAAACUGAACCAGAAAAACCUAAAGAAGAAGACAAAGAAGACGUGCCAGCUACAGUCGAGGAAAAACCUCCUGAAGAUGAGACUAAAGACGAACCAACGCUUGAAGACCAACAUAUAUCAGAGCCGACAGAAAGUGUACCAACAGAAAGUGCGCCACCGCUACCCCCUAGGCGGUCAAAGGGCAAGAAGGAAGAUGCUCCGACGGAUGCUGAACAACUGAUCGUGCCCGAAGAACAGACUGAAGAGGAAAAUGACAACAAACCAGACAGAAUUGAACCACCUCCCCUACCUGUUAAGAGGAAGAGUCAACGAUCGGAAGAACAGCUGCCCUCUCCGGUGGAUGAAAACAAAUAUCCAGAGAUAAGUUUCUCUGAUGCGCCACCACUUCAGACAAACUUAGACGACAUAUUCCAUAGCCCCGAUGACGUCCUGAAUGCUCCUUGUAAGGGAAGUGACGACGACGUUCCAAAAGAAGAAGAACAGGGAAUCGUCCCAGAUGAACUUGCGCCCGUCAAAACGAAAAAGAGAUCAGAAUCAUUCAAAGCAGGUCGGGAUCGUCUGAAGGCAUUAGGAAAAUCACUGAAGAAUAAAGCUACAAGACGCAAAUCAGACAAGUCACCAGAUGAAGAUAAACCUGAACCAAAAGAUGAUCCAGACAAUAUUGUCGAAGAAGUUGACACGCCAUCUUCACCCCAAGAAGAAGAUUCACAGAAGCGAGCAUCAUUGGAUCGUCUGAAGGCAUUGGGCAAAUCGUUAAAGGACAAAACCAAGAGACGUAAAUCAGAGAAAUCACCGGAUGAGGAAGAACCCGAAACAAAAGAUGAUCCAGACAAUAUUGUCGAAGAAGUUGACACACCGUCUUCACCUCAAGAGCCAGAUUCUCAAACGCCAGGAGCUCGGGAUCGUCUUAAAGCACUGGGCAAAUCAUUAAAGGAUAAGGCCAAGAGACGCAAAUCAGAAAAAUCACCGGAUGAAGAUAAACCUGAGAUGGUAGAUGAACCAGAAAAUCCUGUCGAGGAAGUUGGUACACCAUCUUCGCCUCAAGAACCAGAUUCACAAAAGACAGCAUCCCUGGAUCGUCUGAAGGCAUUGGGCAAAUCACUGAAGGAUAAAACCAAAAGACGCAAAUCAGACAAAUCACCAGAUGAUGAUGAACCCGAAACAAAAGAUGACCCAGACAAUAUUGUCGAAGAACUUGACACACCGUCUUCACCUCAAGAGCCCGAUUCUCAAACGCCAGGAUCUCUGGACCGCCUGAAGGCAUUACGAAAAUCACUGAAGGAGAAGGCUAAGAGACGCAAAUCAGAUAAAACACCGGAUGAGGGAAAACCUGAAAUGACAGAUGAUCCAGAAGAGCCAGUACCAGAAAUAACAGAUGACCCCGACAACAGUGUCGACACGCCAUCUUCGCCUCAAGAACCAGAGUCUCAAAAGCCUAAGAAACCAAGCAGGUCACUCCUUUCUAAACUUAAAGACGGGCUGUUAUCUGACAGCGAAAAGGAACUUACGCCUCAUGUCCAGAAGAAACCAAGCGAUGUGGAAUCAGACGAGCCUGUCACCUCCAAGGCAGCUGAUCAGGAAGACAUGGCGACACCGGGUCCGAGUCAUCAGCCGGAUGAAAUUGUUGACACUCAAGACGAAGCACCAACUAAACCAGAGAAGAAGAAGAUCAACCUCCCGCGGAAGCUGUCCAAACUUCGGAAUUCAUUUAAGAGGAAAGCCAAGUCGAAAAGUGACGAUGGCCCCAAGUCAGAUCUCGAAGGAGACGCAAUACCUGACCAAGACGAUGAAAAUAAGGAGAACGCUCCAUCUCUUGAGGAUCCACCAAAAGAUACAGAUCGGUCUCCUGACUCUCCUUCAGCCCUGAAAUUCCCCGAAUCCACUUCUCCGAAUGAGAGUUUUUCCACCGUGAUUGAGAACUUUGCCGCACAGGAAGACCCAGGGCAGGAAGAAGAUGAACCAGUCUCAAAACCAUUAGACGAACCAACUGAGGAAGAGGAUAAUGAUCCUGAAGAAGCAUGGUCUCCGUGGUUCAAGGAUACCCCGAAGACCGAAGCCCCAAGUGAUGUACACAGCUCACCGGUUCUGGAAAAGAAACCCAAAGAAGACGCACCGACUCCAUUGAUUGAGGAUCAAGAUGAUUCUCUGGAGGUUCCCCCGAAGCUGCCACCGAAACAAAAAGACCUGGAGGAACCGUCCGAUAAAGAGGACAAUGAUGAUGUACCGAUAUGGGAGAAAAUAAAGCCCUUGGAGGAAACAUGUGUGAAGUGUCGUAAAGUUCUAAAGGAUUCUGAUGUCGUUGUGAACUUCAACGGACUCAUCUUGCACCAGGCGUGCAUGUCGUAAG